AUGGUGAAGAGCCAUUUAGAAUAUGGCCCACUGGGGCCUGUACCAUAUUCGCAGAUUCUAUUAUCACGACUUGUACUGGUUCGAAGUUGUUUGUCGCGCUUUCUGUUGGCCCUACUUUUUUGGGUCCUUCUAGUGGAGACACGUUGGUGCCUGCACGAGGAGACCAAGGUAGCCAAGCUGAAAAAACUCAUAAGUAAAAAAAUAAAACUAGAUAUGAAUGACAAGUACCGGAGUGAGGGGAAAUAUAGUAACCAAUACAUUUCCUUUAUAUACAUUCAUGAGCUCACGGCAACUGACUAUGUGGAAUACGUGUUAAAUAAAUCAGAUGACUACGACUGUGUGUUGUUUGUGAUGGACAUGGACAAUUCCAAUGGAGCAUCUGUCUUUGACAGAAAAACCCUGAUACUUUUGGAUCUCUUUAACCGUGUGGCGGGCACCUUUAUUCUAGGAAAUUUUUCUCUUUACAGCGAAGGGGGGAUGAGCAUGUCGAAGCUGAGAAAUCCGAUCGGUGCAAGUGGAGUGGAUAGGAGGAACACUCCUUCUUCAACGCCCAUUUUUUUCUUUUAUAUUAAUGUAAACAAGCCGAAUAUCCUCCCCCUUAAGUACGUCCAUGGAAUCAAGGAGGUGCCGGAAUUUUUUUAUGUAGGCAAGGACACCUUCCUCCACCUGGACUACUAUUCCAAGGUGAGACCCAAUUACAUGUUAGAAGAUUACUUAAAGAUGAAGGGGGUAAGCGAGAAGGACAAAGGAGAGAUGAAUAACAAAAUGCUUGAGAAGUAUUUCUUAGAUUUUAUUCAGAAGCAUAACAGGGGUGGCGGUGCUAGUGGUUCUCCCACACCUUUGGAAGAUAAUUACCCAGAAAAAAAAAUACAGAAAUACUUCAUCACCAUCGGGUUGGUUGUGUUGUUCUCCCUUUUGUAUGUCAUUUUACAACUAGUCCAGAGAUACCCCUCCCUCAUGUUUGUCUGUUCAUACGCAUUAUUCCUAUCCUCGUUGAGUGGGAUAUUCCACUGUCUCAUUAACAAAGUUGAACUGUACAACACAGCGAAGAACCUAGAUUCCAUACUGCACAAAUAUAUUUACCGUUCCACCAGUGCUCAGUAUGUGUAUGAAGGGGUGGCCUUUUCCUUUUUUAUUUUUUUGAUUACCUUUGCCUUGUUCCUUCUGUGUAGAUACUCCACCAACAGGUAUAUGCCAAGGAGGGCGAGGAACAUGUGGCUCGCAAUGUUCGUUCUCCUUACAUAUGCCUCCCUCGACGUCAUCCAUGAGAUGAACCUCUUUAAGGUGUACUACUCUACAUACUUCUUCUUCCCGCCGAUUAAGUUUUUUCGAAAGUGA